AUGGCGUCCACAGAAAUCACCAUCACCGGCUGGACGACGCGGGACGUCCGCUUCCCCACGUCCCUCGACAAGACCGGCAGUGACGCCAUGAACGCCGCCGGCGACUACUCGUCUGCCUACUGCAUCCUGACCACGUCGGACCCCAAGUUCACGGGCCACGGCAUGACCUUCACCAUCGGGCGCGGAAACGACAUCGUCUGCGCGGCCAUCAACCACGUGGCGGACCGCAUCAAGGGCAAGAAGCUCAGCGAGCUCGUGGCCGACUGGGGCAAGACGUGGCGGCACCUGGUCAACGACUCGCAGCUGCGGUGGAUCGGCCCGGAGAAGGGCGUCAUCCACCUCGCGCUGGGCGCCGUCGUCAACGCCAUCUGGGACCUGUGGGCCAAGGUGCUGGGCAAGCCCGUGUGGCGCAUCGUGGCCGAGAUGUCGCCCGAGGAGUUCGUGCGGUGCAUCGACUUCCGCUACAUCACCGACGCCAUCACGCCCGAGGAGGCGGUGGCGCUGCUCAAGGAGUCGGAGGUGGGCAAGGCGGAGCGCAUCAGGGAGGCCGAGAACUCGCGCGCGGUGCCCGCGUACACGACGUCGGCCGGGUGGCUGGGCUACGGCGAGGACAAGAUGAAGGCGCUGCUCAAGGAGACGCUGUCCAAGGGAUACCGGCACUUCAAGCUCAAGGUGGGCGGCAGCAUCGAGCAGGACCGGCAGAGGCUGUCGAUCGCGCGGGAGAUCAUCGGCUACGACAAGGGCAACGUGCUCAUGGUGGACGCGAACCAGGUGUGGUCGGUGCCCGAGGCCAUCAGCUACAUGAAGGAGCUCAAGGAGUUCAAGCCGUGGUUCAUCGAGGAGCCGACCUCGCCCGACGACAUCCUGGGCCACAAGGCGGUGCGCGACGCGCUCAAGCCCUACGGCAUCGGCGUGGCGACGGGCGAGAUGUGCCAGAACCGCGUCAUCUUCAAGCAGCUCAUCGUCAGCGGCGCCAUCGACGUCUGCCAGAUCGACGCCUGCCGCAUGGGCGGCGUCAACGAGGUGUUGGCGGUGCUGCUCAUCGCAAAGAAGUACGGCGUGCCCAUCGUGCCCCACUCGGGCGGCGUCGGCCUGCCAGAGUACACGCAGCACCUGAGCACCAUCGACUACGUCGUCGUUACGGGGAAGCUCUCCGUUCUCGAGUACGUCGACCACCUGCACGAGCACUUCCUGCACCCCUCCGUCAUCAAGGACGGCUACUACCAGACGCCCCUCGACCCGGGCUACAGCGUCGAGAUGAAGCCCGCCAGCAUGGACAAGUUCACCUUCCCCGGCGAGCCCGGCGUCAGCUGGUGGCAGAGCGAGGAGGCCAAGCCCAUCCUCGAGGGAGUCAAGAUCUAA